AGUUUCUGCUCAAGGCUCCGAAUCGCCCGAAAGCAAAGCGAGUCUCCUCGAAUCGCUCAUCAGACAUGGCUCGCCGUGGUGCAUCCGUCUUGAUCGCCCUCGCCUUCGGCCUCUUCGCCUCGCAGGCGUUCGUGUCGCCCGCCAAGGGCGCGCCAGAGGUGGAUGCACGAGUCUUGGGCGCCACCUUCGCUGGCCUUGCCCCCCUUGGCCCUGGAGCAGCCAGCCAAUGCCUAUGACAGCGUCGUGGCCAUGCUGCAGAGCUGGUUGGUAGGUGGCAUUGCAUUGGUCUUGAUCUAUGGAGCCGCCUUUGUGGCAGCCCUGGCCAAUCCUCUCACCAAGAGGCGCACGGAGGUCAAAGCCGAGGUGGAUGCCAUGAAGAGGGCCUGAGGCAGCGCCAUCAGCAAGUGAGGGGCUUUUUGAUCUGUCUCAACCAGUGCCCAUUGAACAGAAAAGGAUGGGUGUGCCCG